AUGAACAUGGCUCCUUACGACUGGCUGAUCUUGGCGCGUUCCGUGCGCGACUUCGACAAAAUGAAUGACAUAUUGAACGCGACCGCUAUACGCUUCGACCAGAACAUAGUCGUGGCCUACCCGGACCCUCAGUAUAAGAUACAACCAUUGAAUCUUUGCAAGAAGAACUUCGUAUACUCCAAGCUAGAUCCAUUGAUACAUAAGAAACGAAAUAACGUCUACAUCAAGAAGCAAAGCUACGAUUCAAAUAGAGCUCUCUUCGAGAAUAGCUACUAUAGGACCUCGCUAAGAUUCCUCAAUAUCACCAGGCACAAAACGUAUAAGGAUAAGAUGCCUUUGCUAAGAUCGGGGGUGUUGAACUACAACUAUUCCAGGGAGUUUCAAAUGACCAACAUCAGUCAAUACUUCUUGAGGAGAGCUAUCAGGACUUGGAGUCGAAAGAAUAAUAUGACGGACUCUUUCAAAAUAAACUUGCUACAGUAUUUCAAGCUGCGAACAAAUACUACAUUAUUUGCGUCGUACUUAGGUGCUUGGAGCACAGACAGAUCUAUGUCCCUGGUGGACAGCCCGUACCCGGUGGAAGCUCGCCAGUUCAUGGGGGAGAGGCUGGUGGUGGGGCGGUGUAACGCCACGGAGGAGAAGUCCCCAGAUGAGGACACCACGUCCUCGGCAGCGCUCAUGGAUGACGUACUGCAGUUCCUCAGCGUGCAGCUUAAUGCCACUUCAGUGACGCGGUACUACAGCAAGCUCGGGUUCCGCACAUACGAGGGCGCGUGGACGGGUCUCCUGGGUGCGCUCAUGGACAACUCAGCGGACAUCGCGCUGGAGGCCGUCACCGCGCUGUCAGCACACCACGAGGACAUGGACUUCGUGUUUCCUAUCGCUGAGACCAUGUGUAACAUCUACAUACGUCACCAGGAGACUUCGGCGGUUCGGGACAUAUUCCUCGCGCCCUUCAGCCCGCGCCUUAUCGCCUGCGUGCUGUCUGUAGCUCUGGCCGCGUCUGUGGCUAUAGUCAUCAUCAGUCGCCUUACUUCGGCGUAUAGGAAUGUGCGGCAUAUGAGCUGCGGCGAAGCGCUUAUUUGGGCUACGGGGAUUCUUUGCCAACAAGGCGGCACCUGGACUCCACAGAACCCUGCGGCCAGUAUCGUCCUGAUCGUCUGUCUGCUGUUCGCUGUGGUCAUCUUCAACGCCUACGCAGCCUUCAUUACUUCAGUGUUAUCGGUGCGAGUAGCCAGUGUUGGUACAGUGGCGGAUGUAUUGCAUUCGCCAAACUUGAAGAUCGGUUACGUUAGAAACGGGGUUGACCAGAUGUAUCUAAUGUCAACAAAGGAUUCUCAGCUCAACGCGUUCUACAUCCGGGGCUACUCCGAGGCGGAGAACCUGGUGUCUACAGCGGAGGAGGGUCUGGCGCGGGCGGCGAGCCAGGAUUACGCCUUCUUCGCCGGUCAACAAGUGGCCAGACAUACGAUUAGGUCCCUGUCGCAAGCGCGCGGGCGGUGCGCGCUGCGGGAGCUGCCGGUGCACUCGACGCGGGCGGACAUGGCCUUCCCCCUGCCCAGACACUCGCCCUACUCCAGACCCAUACUCGUCAGCCUGCUGCGUCUUCGCAGUGGCGGUGCGCUGGCGCGGCUGGCGGCGGCACUGGUGCCCAGCAUGCCGCAGUGCACGCCGUCCUCGGGGUUCGCGUCGGCGCGCGCCGCGGACGUUCGCACCGCGCUGUUUAUACUACUGACUGGGCUGUCUACUGCUGUUAUUAUAGGUAUCGGCGAAUACACGUGGAGGAACCGCAAGAAGUACCGUCGGAAUUUGGGAAAAUGUUUUAAUCGAAUGUUGAAUUUAGUCCUAUUCAAACUUUAG